AUGGGGUCCUCGGCAGAGCUCUUACCAGAUCCCAGGAUCCCACCUGAGCUGAUCGAGCUGCUGAUUAAGAAUUUUAGCAUCCCCCUGGCCUGUGUCUCCCAGCCGCCCACCUCACUGCAGCUGCUGUACCAGCUGGAUCACAUCGAGCUCUCCACCCAGGGCCUCAUGACCUUCCUGACGCUGGUGUCGGUUGCCAUCUUCCUCGAAGAAGCCAUCUACUUGUCAAAGAAGAUCCGCUGCCUGGUCAAGAUGAAAACCCUCAUCUGGAGCAGCUCAGCCCCCACGAUGGUCUCUGUGUUCUGCUGCUUUGGGCUCUGGAUACCACGCUCCAUGAUGGUGGUGGAGAUGGCUAUUGGCAUGUACUUCAGCAUAUGCUUCUUCCUGCUCAUGCUGAUCAUGGUGGAAGGCUUCGGCGGGAAGGAGGCCCUGCUCAAAGCACUGAAGGACACGCCCAUGGUGAUCAGCACAGGCCCCUGCUGCUGCUGCUGUCCCUGCUGCCCACGCAUCACCAUGACCAAGAGAAAUCUUAAACUUCUUCUUCUGGGCACUUUCCAAUUCACCUUCUUCAAGACAGCCUGUGUCUUUGUUGGGCUGGUCCUGGCUGCAGAUGGAAACUACGAUCCGGCUGAUAUCUCCGCUGAGAGCGUGGCCCUCUGGAUCAACACCUGCCUCGGGUUCUCCACCAUCUUUGCUCUGUGGGCCCUUGGGAUCAUGUUCCGCCAGGCCAGGGUGCAUUUGGCAGAGCAGAACAUGGGGGCCAAGUUCGUUUGUUUCCAGGUGCUCCUCAUCCUGACUGCGCUCCAGCCCUCCAUCCUGAGCAUCCUGGCAAACAGCGGCCAGAUCGCCUGCACCCCACCAUUGUCCUCCAAGACGAGGUCACAGUACAUGAGCAUGCAGUUGCUUAUCCUGGAGACCUUCAUCAUCACGGUGGUGACUAGGAUGUACUACAGAAAACAGGAUGACAAGCCAGGAUACCAACCUUUCUGCCCGCCAGAUGGGGACAUUGAAAGCAAAGCCUAGACAGGAAGGAGCGGUGACCGGAAAGGAGCUUCUGACAGCACAGAGCCAUGGCUCAAGAAGUUCCUCCCACACUGCCAAAAUACGUCCCCUCUGCAAUGUCUCAGUGACAGAAUAUUUCCCUAGGUAGCUGUUUGAAGCUUCUUUUGGCAAGUGACAUAUCAGAGGGAAACACAAUUUGCAUCCAGAUAGUAGAUGGGUCUGAAAUCCAAAGGAUACGAACCAAAGUUUCUGUAAACCAGCUUCUUAGUGCAUGGGCCUAAUCUGUA